AUACUAUAAUAUUUCAACAUUCUUUUUAAUUUUCAUUAUACAAAAUCAUUAAUCAUAAUCAAUUAGAUCCACAUGACAGCGACUUCCCGGAGCUGACAAAUUUGAUUGUCUAAGGGGUCUGCAAACUUUUCUGAAAAAUGGAAAAUAAUGAAAAUAACGAUGUACCCACAAAACCUUCACUUGACAGAGUUGAGUCUGCAGUUGAAGUGACCGAGCCUGUUCCUCCAUCUGUAACUGAGCAAUGCCGUGAUAUGUUUCAUAAAACAUCUGAAUACCUUAGGGGAGAAUUAUCCGCCACUUCAGAGGAUUAUAAACUCCUGGAACAAAUGAACAGAGCAACAUUGAUGAAAUAUGCCGAGUCAAAGCAAAUAGCAGCAAAUGUUGCAACAGCCAUGAACGAUUUAAAUGAAAAAUAUAAAGGUCUUCAGCCCUACCUUGAACAGAUCGACCAGAUAGAAGACAAUGUGGCCAAUCUAGAACAGGCAGCUUACAGACUGGAUGCAUACUCAAAACGCUUAGAAUCCAAGUUCAAGCAACUGGAGAAGAGGUAGUCAUACAGCACCACAGUCUAGAACUUAAUGCGGGGAAAGUGCAAAUAUAUCGCUUGUUUGUAUGUAAUGAAAUUAGAAAUAGCGAUGGCCAUGGAUGACAUGAAUGAUUCUAACAGACUGACAAUAUACAUCAGUGUGAAAAUGUGAUUUGAACACUUUUGAAAAUCUGCAUUCCAUAGGACAAAUAAUGAAAUAAACAAUAGAUUAGUUUUUAUUUUAACAUGUUUAUUUUUUAAUAUUUGUGUUUGAGUGGUCUAUGACAUGAUUAUAGAUAAAUUGUUAAGAAAAGCUUCGAUUUUACU